AUGAAAGGACAAUUGAAAAAGCGAACAAAAGAUCCAUAUGAUGGUUGGUACGAUUGUCAAUAUGAGUCGAGAUUUAUAUCAAUUGAUUGUAUUAGAGGAACUUUUUUAAUCGAUGGUAUGACUAUAGGCUUUUUACCUGAGAAAAUCAUUUUCAAUGAAUUAUUUGUUCGUGUAUUUGGUGAUCAUAUCUUUGAAGUUCAAGCGGCUGACUCACCUAAUGCAUAUGUUACUAAAUAUUCGUAUCAUGUUAAUGGAAUCGUUCAAUAUGAAUUUCAUUUCAAUGAUCGACGUAACCACUUGAUUGUUAAAGAAUGGUACACACAGACGAAUGAUAUGUUUGAAUUAAUUCCUCAUAGUUUUUUCGAAAAUGAAUUACCAGACAUGUUUGUCUCCAAUUACAGUCAUUGGUGGAAUGAAAAAGAUCAAACAAUCGAGUUUCGACCUGUUCAUUUUAAAGAUAUCGAUUUUUUAAAUAAAUCCUAUAUAUUAUCAAUGAAGACAGGAUAUGUUACUAAUACUGAAACAGUUAAUGCACAAAUUUUGGUUAAUCAAUCGUCAGCAUUCUUUCAAAGUUUAUUUAGUCGGUACUUUAUUCGUCUCGAUGAUAAACCCUAUAUAUACAUGAUGCGAGAUAAUACUUUUCAGACUAGUAACAUCAUUCACAUCCAUUUAUCUCGUUUAGGUAUUGCUUUUCGAUAUAACGCUACCACGAAUAUAAUUAUGUCUCGUGAAUAUUCAGAUAUGUGUAUUGACAAACAUCAAUGUUUGGGAACUUUAACAGGUUUGUCAUCUGGCCUUCUCUUAUCACCAUUGCCCAUCAAUAAUCAGACAGUUGAACACUAUCCAUAUCGAAAACUGAUCGUGCCUUUUGGAGAAAUACGUUGUGAAAGGAUCUUCGAUGCCAGUCAUCAAACUGUCACUAUACAGCGAUCAUCGUCAAUAUCGUUUCUUCACCAAUAUUUUGUUUUUAUUCUAAAUGAUCGAUUAAAAAUUCUACAAUCGACCGACAGUCCGACUGGUUGGCUUUAUUUAGCACUGCCCCAUGCAGUGACAUCUCAUCCCUUACCUGAUCAGUAUAUGGGAAUGACUGGAAUGGAACGUGCUUUUCAAUUAUUAAAUUCAGCUGGUUGUUGA